AUGUGGUUUAAUUAUUCUUCAAUUCUUGAUUUCAAUCUUUCUCGUGAUGAUCCUUUAUUUUGGAGUCGUCCAACACCGGUUGAUUGUAAUAUGAUUCGUAUUGUUGGCAUAUUUUUAUGUGUUGCUACACUGAUUGGUAUUGUUUUAAAUGGAACUUUACUUUAUAGUUUUGUACGAUAUCAGGCUUUUCGUUCACCAUCAAAUAUAUUUGUUAUGUUUAUUGUUGUAAUUGGUCUUUUUUCUUCAUGCACAAUGCUUCCAAUGACAGGUACAUCUUCAAUUUAUUGUCGUUGGUUAUAUCAACGUUCAGGUUGUCAAUUAAGUGCUAUUAUUGCAUAUUUUUAUGGAUGUUCAAGUUCAUAUUUACUCUGUGGAGCAAGUAUUAGUCGAUGUUAUAUUAUUGUUCGACCAUUUCAAGCUAAAAAUAUUACUGUGAAUAAUAGUGUCGUUGUAUGCAGUAUUCUAGUACUUAUUGCUUUUAUUUGGACUAUGUUACCAGUAAUGGGAUGGAAUGAAUAUACAAUGGAGGGAACUCGUACUUCUUGUUGUAUUAAUUGGUAUGAUCGACGUAUAUCUUAUGUUACAUUCAUUGGUUUUCUUUUCAUUGUUGUUUAUUGUAUUCCACUUAUAAUUCUCAUUACUACAAAUACAAUGACUUGGUUUGGCCUUCAACAAAUGCAUAGAAAAACAAUAAAUGGUUUUCAAACAAUAUUUUCUCGAAGACGAAUUGAAAUGGAACGACGCAUUCUUAAAAUGAUUGUAAUUACGACUAUUGGAUUUAUUUUCACAUGGACUCCUUAUGCAAUAGCAUUUUUUAUUUCGGCAUUUCAAGGUAAAGAUUAUGCCCUACCACCAAUGACCAUUUUCGUCUGUGCAUGUUUUGCCAAAACAUCAAUUAUAUGGAUUCCAAUACUUUAUGCUCAUACAUCGACUCAUUUUCAAUUAAGUUUUUUCAAUCAAGAUUCAUUAGAUGAACCAAUAGGAAGUACACGAGUAGGUGCAACACUAUUAACAAAUGUAUCAAUGUUUUCUCGAAAAAAUAAUGAAAUGCCAAUGAAUACGACAAUUAGCAAGAAGAUACAUGCAUGA